AAUAACAUCACUUGUUGCCUUUGCCAACCUUUCCAAUUGCCAUCACCGCAUCAGUCAAUCCCUGACCCCCACCUCGCAUCCUCUGCAGAUACUUCAUUUGAUCCUCCUUCUAUACCCGGGGAAAUCUUGGACUGCUGAAUCCUGCCCCCUACUACCUGUCCAACCAGAUUCAACCUAGUCCCCUUCGUCUCUCGGAACCCUGAACUUGCUAGCACGCAGAACUCCAUCUCAUGGCUGACGUCGACAUGCCCGAUGCGGGUGCUUCUGGUGAGCCCAAGGCAAAGGCUCCGGUCAAGUCAUCAAAGUCAGCUGCGGCAGAAGGUGGCGAAAAUAAAAAGAGAUUUGAGAUCAAGAAGUGGAACGCCGUUGCGCUCUGGGCUUGGGACAUUGUGGUUGACAACUGCGCCAUUUGCCGGAACCACAUUAUGGAUCUAUGCAUCGAAUGCCAGGCAAAUCACGGCGCCGCCACCAUCGAAGAAUGUACUGUAGCAUGGGGUAUCUGCAAUCACGCCUUCCACUUCCACUGCAUUUCAAGAUGGCUCAAGACUAGACAAGUUUGUCCCCUCGACAAUAGAGAUUGGGAAUUCCAGAAAUAUGGUCGAUAAAUGGAUCCGGUCAAGUUAACGAAAUCACCCAAAAGACGGACUAUUCAUACGUCUACAGUCCUUCCCUGUUCCAAAGAGGCAGCAGCCGGAUCUGUUCUCUCCGACCAUGCCUGGAAGUAUCGAGAUGAGGUCGAGACGGAAAGGGGAGAAAACGUGCAAACAAGGGCAGGCCCAAGACGAAAGUAUCCCAUCAGGGAAUGAAUUGAUGACACACAUCAUGGCUUCUGAUCCAUGCAUCAACUACCACAGGUAGACCGCUGAAUGAACAAUGGAAUCAUCACCGCAUUUUGGCACUACCGUCCACUAUCAC